AUGGCAACCUCGUCGCCCACGUCCGAGCUCGUCGCGCCGCCAGAGGGCUCGCUCGAGCUCCUCAAGCGCACCAACUCGGAGCCCAGUGUCAUCUUGGCGUCGGCCGAAGAGAACAAGGUCAUUGACAUCUCUGAGCCGCUGGCGUUCCGCCGGGCACACCUGCGCUUGAGCCAACACACACACCAAGUGUCGCCCGAGGUGCGCGCCAGCAUUCUGCACGCGGUCGACAAUGUGUACAACCCGUUCAUUUCGUCCAUGAUGUCCCAAGACAACGACAAAUACGACAGUCUUGACGCGUCCCAGCGCAUUCGCAACCUCCUCAACACGCCGGCGUCCGCGCUCGGGUGGCGCAGCUCGCAGUCGCUCGGGUACACGGAGCUCACGCCGCUCGCGCGCCCGCCGUCGAGCAAGUCGUUUGUGCCAGCAAAGGAGACGACGCUCGGCCAAGCCUUCCUCGCGCUCCUCAAGGCCUUUGUCGGCACGGGCGUGCUCUUCUUGCCGCAGGGCUUCAAGGCCGGCGGCAUCUUGUUUGCGCCGGCGCUGCUCUUCUUUGUGGCCGCGCUCACAGUCUUUGCGAUCUACCGCCUCCUCCAGUGCCGCGCGGCGUACGGCGGCACGUACGGUCACAUUGGCGAGAUCGCGUACGGCAUCUGGGGCCACCGCUUUGUGCAGAUCUCGAUCAUCCUCAUGCAAGCCGGCUUUUGCUGCUCGUACAUCAUCUUUGUCGCCCAAAACAUGACCGAAGUGCUCGCGUACUUUGGCGCCAACAUCUCGGUCGGCGCGCUCAUCAUGCUCCAGACCGUCAUUUACAUUCCGCUGUCGUGGAUCCGCUACAUCAGCUACUUUUCCGUCUCCAACUUGGUGGCCGAUGCGUUCAUCCUCUAUGGCGUCGCGUAUAUUCUUGGCUGCAGCUUUUCGUCGCUCGCCGAGGUCGGGCCGCAGCGCGUCGAGUACUUCAACCCGCAGGAUUACUCUGUCUUUGUCGGCACGGCGGUCUUCACGUUCGAGGGCAUUGGUCUCAUCAUCCCGACCCAAGCGUCGCUCGCGAAGGAGCACCAAAAGCACUUUUUACCGCUCAUCUUGGCGACCGUGCUGGGCCUCUUUGUGUUUUACUCGUUCUUUGCGAGUGUCAACUACAUUGCGAUCGGCGACUCGAUCGAGCCAUUGGUCAUGUCGAGCCUGCCCCGCAACGGCUGGACGAUCUCGGUCCAGGCCGGGUACUCGGUCGCGCAGCUGCUGUCGUACCCGCUCUUCCUCUUCCCCGCCGUCAAGAUCAUUGAGGACAUGCUCCUCUUGCCGCGCCGCGACUCGGGGCUCAAGGCGCAGAAAAACUUGAUCCGCGCGCUCAUUGUGACCAUGACGGUCAUGGUCGCGUACUUUGGCCAGGAUCGCCUCGACCUCUUUGUGUCGAUCGUCGGCGCCUUCUGCUGCGUGCCGCUGAGCUUUAUCUACCCGCCGCUCUUCUACCUCAAGCUCUUCCCGGACGUGUCCAUCUUCUCCAAGAUGCUCGAUGUGAGCGUCGUCAUCAUCGGCUUCCUCACCUUCUUCUACGUCACGUGGUCCAACAUUCAAAAAUGGGAGUCGGGCGCACUCUAA